AUGGAUCAACUACGGAAUAAUUUGGAUAGUGAAAGUUACCAGCAGCUGGUUGCUCACAAAGUAACCGACCAAUCUCUUCGGAUGUUUGAAGACGCAGAUCUUGUCGACAUCGGAAUCACCGCUAAACGACCACGGAAGAUAAUUCUUGCCUCAAUCGAAAACAUACGCGCAACACAGCUACAUCCAGGUGAAAUCGAAUGCUCCCCUGAAGAGAAUCUGAGAGCUGUUCUUAUCGAAGAUGUGAAAUUCCGGUUUGUUGUGUAUAAUGAGCUGGAUCAAAACAAAGUACCCAAUGAAAAAAAUCUUCGUUCGAUGAUUCGUAUCUUGUAUCAGCAGUACGAAAAAACGAUUUUCGAUAGUAAAGGCUACCCUUCUACCAACGAUCAGUGGCAGCUGGCCAAACGAAUUGUUCGUGUAUUUCCACAGUUGAAAAGCACAAGGAUUAACGAAAAUGCCCCAGAUGAGUCUGCGUUCUUCUGGUGGCACAGCGGAAAAGUUUCGGGUGAUCAUUCCGGUUAUAUCUUUCAUCGAGUUCGUAACAUUGCGAAAUCGUUACCGAAGGAACUAAGGAAGUAUAGUCGACCUGAUUUAAAAACACGUGAUUUUAUUCCUACAUUACUUGUCCAACGUGCUGCGAACCUGUCUGAACUAAUUGCGAAUUCUGAAAACAUUGCCGAAAUUAAGAAGGGAAUGGAGGAAUGCUUCCCUCUUCACCAACUCUUACUGAGAGAGAAAAAGAGCGUUAAGGAAAUACUCCUCACACUACCACAUUUGACAUCAUACAAUGGCUUGAUGAUCAAUGACGCAUUUUUUCGCAUGAAUCCUCAGGUAUCGAAGCAGCAUGCAAUGUCUUCUAUUUUGGGUAAAGGACUUCUGUUGGCACCUGGAAUAUUCAGGAGCGUGGAAGAUGUUCAAGUCAAAGGAGCGCUGAGAAUUUAUGCUAAGCUGCAUAGAAAAGGCGUAAAAAGUUCAUCAGGAGAAGCAGGCCCCAGUAAUGGAAUGCUAGCAGAGGAAUUACUUGUUGGGGCACUUGUUCAAUGGACACAGGAUCUCAAACAUCACGUGGACAACAAGUAUGAGGGACCACACAUCGUGUGUGAAGCACCUAUAUUCAAAUCUGGGUCGUACAGGAUUAUAUUUGACAAGGUGGUGCUUUCCAGCAGCGAAUCUUUCAUCGAUACGCUCGACUUGUUUUGGAAAUGUUUUCAAGUCUUCGGUGGAAGAGUCCCCAUCAAGCUCCAAAUGUAUCAUGACGUUUUCUCAAUUUUGAUUUACAAAACUCAAACAAACAGUUCCCGAAAGUGUGUAAACGACAUUUGUUUGGUUUUGAAGGAGGCUAUUCAAGCCGAGAUUCAAGCUGAAGAAUCUUAA